UAAUGACGCCGCUUACUUUCCUUUUUUUUUUUCCUUCUUCUUCUUCUUCUUCUUCUUCAUUUUCCCAUCCUCCUCUGCUCUCUUCUCGCGAUAAGAGCCACGGAGCGCUUUGACAGGCAGUCGAGGUCGCAGCAGGCGGAGGGAGAGACGGUGGAAGGAAGGUAACGCAGGGAGGCAGCAUCAUGGCGGACAGAGACAGUGGCAGUGACCACGGAGGGCCCACCGCAGGCCCGUGCUCGCUGCCCGCCGGCGCCGUGUCGCGGCUGCAGCACGACACCGAGGAGCUCGCCUCCAAGCGGGUCGACAUCCAGAACAAGCGCUUCUACCUCGACGUCAAGCAGAACGUGAAAGGACGCUUCCUGAAGAUAGCCGAGGUCGGCGCGGGGGGGAACAAGAGCCGCCUCACGCUCUCCAUGUCGGUGGCCGUGGAGUUCCGCGACUACCUCGGGGACUUUAUCGAACAUUACGCCCAGCUGGGCCCGAGCAACCCCGACAUGGUGCACGACGAGCCGCGGCGGGCGCUGAAGAGCGAGUUCUUGGUGCGGGAGAACCGGAAAUAUUACAUGGAUCUGAAGGAGAACCAGAGGGGGCGGUUCCUGAGGAUCCGGCAGACCGUCAACCGGGGGCCCGGGCUGGGGAGCUCGCAAGGCCAGACCAUCGCGCUGCCGGCGCAAGGGCUGAUCGAGUUCCGCGACGCCUUGGCGAAACUCAUCGACGACUACGGCGUGGACGAGGAACCCGCCGAGCUCCCGGAGGGCACCUCGCUCACCGUGGACAACAAGCGCUUCUUCUUCGACGUGGGCUCCAACAAGUACGGCGUGUUCAUGCGGGUCAGCGAGGUCAAGCCCACCUACCGGAACUCCAUUACGGUUCCCUGCAAAGUCUGGUCCAAAUUCGGCAACACCUUCUGCAAGUACGCGGAGGAGAUGCGGAAGAUCCAGGAGAGGAGUCGAGAGAAACGGGCCUCGGAACUGCUGCCUGAAGGCCCGCACGGCGCGGACGACGCCGACGACGACUGACUUCUUUAGGGGGCAAAAGUUGAUAUCAAGAAAGAAGAUCUCACCCCCUGCGCCCCCCAUCUCACACACACACACACACACACACAUGGCACCUGGAUGUCACCCACGUUAUAUUACCAUGUCACAGUAAAGCGCUGCUAUCCAGGACUGUCACAGUUAUCUACUUGAUUUCAGUACAAAAAAAAAAAAAAAAAAAGCAGAAUGUUUUGCACAGCUAAUAUUAUAAAACCACAAAUCGGCACAAGAGAACAUGUAUUACAACCAAAAUUGCAGAUUCCAAUAUGAAAAGCGCGCUACAAGUGUUAUCCGAUGCAACAAAAAAAAAACCUGGCAUGCUUGUAGGCUCAUAUUGUGCACAGAAAUGUAAUUUGACCUUAAAAAAAAGUGUGCUCUUACGCAGAUCACAUGCACAUCCAACAAAUGGGAUACAGUCCAUAUCUCUGCUUAUCAUAAGGACCCAUCUCUAUAGAAACGAAAGAAAAAAAAGUGCUAACUUAGAUGUACUAGUUAUGAUUUUGUGAAUCAGCUGUAAAAAGAUCCUUAUUAAGAUACCCACGUUUUCUGUGGGGAGAAUUUGUGUUUAGUUUUUUUGUUUUUUUCCUUGUGGGAGCGUUACAAAUGCUAAAAGGUCCACUUGGGGGGGAGUGCAAAGGCGUGAAAUUGAAUUAAAUUAUAUAUAUACAUAUAUAUAUAUUAAAAAAAAAAAAAAGACACGCCUGCUCAGUGCAGGCAUCCUCUUGCAUCAUUACAACCCGUGCCUUAUACACUCCACUCGUUUACGUGUCCUCACGUGGAUGGUCCGUGACCCUCGACCUCUGUCCACUUUCAUUUUACGAGUGCUAUGUUAGGCAGAAACAAACUCCACACUGACCAGGAUCCACACCCUCGUGGAUGUGAGGCAGUGACACCAAGAGGAAGCCAAACUGCUCGUGUGGCGGCCUAUACUCCACUUGUUGCACACGUACAGGAUGUUUAAAAUCAAAGUCGGCUCGGUUGAGACCUUUUUUCCAGUGCAUAGCGGCGACGAAACGAGGCGUCCUUUUCUACAUGAGCGCAGGGCCAAGGUGGUAAAUAUCUCUAUAUGGUGCUAUCGCUCCAAUGUUGCUCCAUUGCUCGCUUGUACGUCACUUAUGCAUUCUAGUCCCUCUGACUCUCCUUCUCAUAUCCGUUGUGUUUGUCCGACAUCGUGUCGGGUUUCUCCCUCUCAGACGGAGCUGCAGACACCGACCACGUGGGGACAAGUCAUAUUAGUGUGCAAUAUUCCAUGUGUCACAUACAGUCGCGAUCAAAAGUUUACAUACACUUGUAAAGAACAUAAUGUCAUGGCUGUCUUGCGUUUCCAAUCAUUUCCACAACUCUACUACUUGUUGGUCACAAAAAACAUUCAUGAAGUUUGGUUAUUUUAUGAAUUUAUUAUGGGUCUA